AUGGCAGGAGGACUUGCGCUAGCUUGGAAGGACAGCAUCCAUGUUCAAAUUAUAAACAGCGGAGAAUUCUUUGUAGCAGCUGAAGUUAAGGAGUUCGGAAACAAUGGGUGGAUAUUGGAAUGGUGGGGGGCUUUCACGUGGACAAACCGAAGACAAGGAGAGGAUUUGGUGAAGGAGAGGCUUGACCGCUAUUUAGUAGGGAUGGGAUGGAAGCUGAAGUUUCCGAAUGCAGUGGUGCACAGGCUCACAGAAUCAGGCUCGGAUCAUGCUCCUAUCUUGAUGGAAACUGAACCUCGAUCCUGGCAUAGUAAAAGGCAUUUUAAAUACCAGGAACGUUGGUGUGGAGAAGAUGAUGUUAAAAGAAUUGUCAGCAAAGUGUGGAAAAUGGAAGUAGUAGGCUCGGAUAUGUUCUUCUUGGCCCAAAAGUUGAAAGAAUGUAGACAUAGAUUAGUUCAAUGGCAGAUAACUCACAAAGCAAACUCUCGGAAAGAAAUUGAGGACCUUCAAGCUAGCCUAGAGGAGCUGCGGGUGGCUGGAAUCAAUGGGGGAGAGGAGAUUACCAGAUUGGAAGAGAAGUUGGAGCUAGCAUAUAUGAAAGAAGAGAGCUAUUGGAGAGAAAAAUCUAGAGUCAAACGGCUAAAAGAAGGAGAUCAGAACACCAGAUUCUUUUACCAGAAAUUUCAAUCAAGGGAUAUUGCAAAGGUAGCUGAAGACUACUUCUGCGAUAUUCUUACUUCUUCUUGUUCGGUUGAUCCGAAUCCAUAUUUGGAGGAUUUGGAGCCUAAGGUUACAGAUUCCAUGAAUCGUAGGCUCCAAAGGCCGGUAACUAUGGACGAGGUUAAAAGAGCUACAUUCAGUGUUCAUGCUCAGAGUGCUCCUAGUGAUGACGAGUUUACAGCUAAGUUUUUUCACUUUUUCUGGGAUAUAGUUGGAGGUGACGUUUUUAAGGCAGUGCAAAGUUUCUUUCACAGUGGCAGAAUUCUAAAAAGCUUCAACUAUACUCAAAUUUGUUUGAUUCCAAAGGUGCCAGAUGCCAGUGACAUGACUCAGGGCUCACCUAGUACAAGGCAAAGUAUUUUGGAAUUGCUAGAGAUAUACCAGGGCUUCAGUGGGCAAAAAUUCAAUUUGAACAAGUCGACCAUCUUUUUCAGUCACAACACACCUCGGAACAUAAGACUAGCAAUUGCGCAGACACUAAAUAUUGAACAUAUCAGAGCCCAAGACAAAUACUUGGGGCUGCCCUCCAUAGUUCAGAAAUCAAAGAAAGCAACCUUUGGAGCUAUCAAGGAUAAAGUUCAGAAGAGGAUUAUGGGUUGGAAAAGAAGUUUAUUGUCCUCAGGUGGCAGGCACACGCUAUUGAGAGCGGUGGGGGAAGCGAUUCCUAUUUACACACUCUCUUGUUUCAAGCUCCUGGACACGCUGUUAACUGAGAUUCAUAGCAUGCUCUCGCAAUUUUGGUGGGAUCAAAAAGGCGCAGAACGAAGAAUGGUUUGGAUUAAAUGGGACACAAUGACGAGACCGAAGAAAGAUGGAGGGUUGGGGAUCAAAGAUCUAAGGGCACAAAAUUUGGCCUUAUUGGGCAAGCAAUGUUGGCGUCUAAUGAAAUACCCUAAUUCUACACUGUCAAGAAUAUUCAAAGCUAAAUAUUUCAGAUAUACAGAUUUCUUACAUGCAGAGAUAGGAAGCAUACCGUCGUGGGGCUGGAGAAGUGUUCUUGAAGGCCGCAAGGUGAUUGAGAAAGGAUUGUUAUGGAAAAUAGGCUCUGGUGCUAAUGUCCGCAUCUUCCAUGAUCCCUGGCUCACACCACCAUUGCCCUUUAAUGUCCCUCAAGCUGCAGUGACAAUCCCACCGAAUCUAGAGAAGAGGAGACCUUUAUCAAUUGGUGGCAACGAGCCUUAUCUUGGACAGCGGCUCAAAUCGAAGGUAGACAAAAGAUCCUCUUCAUCGCGGCGCUGUGUUGGAGCACUUGGAAAGCGAGGGAUAGGUGUGUCUUUGAGAAGCUAA